AUGGCGUCGCGGGAUAGGCAAUCGUCGUCGCUCACCAGAGCCACUCGCAUCGCAGCUAGCGACGGCUCAGUCAAACAAAGAUCAACUCACAGCCGGCUCGGCUGUGUUACCUGCAGGAAGCGAAAGGUACUAUGCUGUCCCUAUUACAUCAGACAUGUGCGCUGCGAUGAGCGUCGCGACAUAUGCGGCAACUGCUCGCGCCUAGAUCUGGCCUGCUCAUGGUACAUCAACUCCGAGUUCUCUCAGCGCUCGCGCGUGAACAAUGCAUGCGACAGAUGCCGGAAGAAAAAAGUGCGGUCCAUCUUUCAGCACCCCAAAUGGAGUCAGAGCGGGGGCAGCAACACUUCAGGCCCGGCAGAUCCAACUGGCAACGUUAGCACUCUCGGCGGGGUGCCUUCCAGGACGGAACUGCGACAGCUUCUCAGCCUCUACUUUGACGGUCCGCACUACUUCUGCUUCUACACCUUCCUCCACCGGCCAACCGUGGAGCAGAUGUUCGACAACAGCACCGUCCUGAGCCCGCUCUUGCUGAUUGUCAUCGCCACCAGCUUGCACUUUGUCCAGCCGGACAAUCCACUCCCAGACCAUUGGGCGGAUGAGUGCCGACGUCUGGUCAUGGCCGACAUCUUCUCGCCACCGUCGACAACCACCCUGCAGACUCUCCUGCUGCUACAGCGCUACGACUGGCACCGUGCCGACCACAUCAGUGCCUGGUUCAUCUCGGGCCUGGCCGUCCGCCUGGCCCACGGCCUAAAGCUGCACCGUGAGCUGUCCGACGAGGCCGGCACCGCCAUAACGAUGCGCGAGACCCGGCACCGCCUCCUGUGGAGCUGCUUCGUCAUGGAUUCAAUGAUAGACGGCGGCUGCAAGCCGCUGGGUAGUCUGAAUGUGUCGUCCAUCGACGUACCCCUUCCAUGUAACGAGCGAGCAUUUCACCUGGGCUUGGAGACCAACAUGCAGACUCUAGGCCACUUGGUUGACCACCGCCGAGCCUCACUCUCGUCGACGUCCAGCCACCCCCACAACCCGCUUCUAGAUGGUGACGACGCCGGACCGGGUAUCUCAGCGUUCCUCGUCAAUCUAGCCUCGCUACGGACGGAGAUCCUGCAAUAUACGCUGCAAUAUCACCCCCACACUGGGAGCAGCACUCCGGCGAUACAUCCGUGGGAUCCAGGGUCGCCCUUCCAGCAGUACGAGGAAAAGUUGGAGCAGUGGCAGCGUUGUCUUCCGGAGAGGCUGCGGUUCCAGCCGGAGGCGAUCUACCGGCGGCAGCCGCACCUCGUCAAUCUGGUGACGCUGCACUGCAUUUUCCACGGCUGCUACUGCGACUUGUACUGGAUCGCGUCGUACCUGGCGGCGUCGCGGCGGACUGGUGCGGCGGAAGAAGGCUGCGUGCCGCCCGCCGCGUUCCUGGAGGCCUGCCGACACGGCCGUCUGCGGCAUGCGGCGGAGAUCUGUAAAGUCGUCGCCGAGAGCACGCGGUACAUGCUCAGUGCGAGCCACGACCCCGUCGUUACUAUAUGUUUCUCGCUCGCUCUGAGGGUGCUGGUCAUCGAGAGGCAGCCGCAGGACAGCGGCGGGCUCGGGGUGACGGAUGAGAUGAUCCAUGCGAAUCUCGACGUUGCGGUCGGGUGUGCGAAGGAGACUGCGAAACGGUCCCGCUCCACAACCUCGCGACAGCGUCACAGUCAGCUGGCGCCGACGCCCCCUCUCUCGCCGAGCCUGCGCACAUACGGCACCUUCGGCCGGAUCCAGAACUCGCUGGCCUCGCGACGGCACAUCGACCCCGUAGCCCCGACCCCGAUCGAGAAGGGGAGCAACCCGUUUAGCCACUCGUCCGCGACGCUGGCAUACGGCCAGCCACUGUCGAAAGCCGUGGACACGGCGCAGCUGCCCCCGCCCCCGCCACCUCCGCCGCCGCUGCAGCAAGUGGCGGGCAUCGGCGAUGGCUGGGAUCUCGACGUGGCAUGUCUGGCUGGCCAGCCGUUCGGAGACGACGACGUGGAGAUGCUUGCGUCUGGGUGGGGGGACGGGACGCUUACUUUCUCUAUGGAGCCGGAGCAGAUGGAUUGGAUUAACCAGAGUCUUCUGCUGGGGGUUUGA